UCCGUAUUUAAAGGCGCCAACAAAGAUUAACUCAGAACAGCUUCACAAACCUGCCAUCUGUACUCACAUCAUCCGACAGCACACUACAGCUUAGUUAACGCAUUAAAAUGCCCGAGGAAACAGCAGCUGCCGCCGAAAGUAUGGAAGAGAAACCUUGCUCGUCGCGCGCUGCAGACAGCUCCGUCGAUGUUUCUGAGGAAGCAAAGAAGCUGAUUGGCACAGGCAACCGGCACUUGGUGAUGGGUGAUGUUGUGUCUGCAGUCAGUGUGUUCCAGGAGGCUUGUGCCAUGCUAGCUGAAAGGUAUGGAGACACUGCUGAUGAAUGUGGUGAAGCUUUUUUCUUGUGUGGGAAAGCCCUUCUGGAGCUUGCCAGGAUGGAGAAUACAGUGCUUGGUAAUGCUUUAGAGGGAGUCCCAGAAGAAUCCUCUGAAGAGGGUGAGAAACAGAAUGACUCUAAGAUUGAAAGUGCAGACAACUUGGAUGAGAAAACCAGAGAUGAGCUUCGAGCACAGGUUUAUGAUGCCAUGUCAGAGGACAAAACUCAGUCUGAGGUAGAAAAAGAGGUGGGGGAAGGUGAGCAGAAGAACCAAGAGGAAGUUAAAGAGAAGCAGGAGAAGGUUGAAGCACCAAAGGAAGGGGAUGCAGCAUCACAAAAAACUGAGAAACCAGCUGAACACGAGGCAAAACCUGCUGAAAACGAGAACCUAGCUGAACAUGAAGCAAAACCUGCUCAAGAUGAGGAGAAACAAGCUGAACAUGAGGUGAAACCUGCUGAAAAGUCAGAAGGUGUGGAUAAAAGUGCUUCUAUAAAGGAAGAUGUCACCGUGUCAAAUGGAGUAGCUGAAAAAGAUGAAAAGGUUGAGGAGAAAAAUGGAAAUGAAGAGAAAGAAGAACCCAUGGAAGAGGGUGGAGGAGAUGACGACGAUGAGGAUGAUGAUGAUGAUGAUUCAGAGGGUGAAACAAAGGAUAAGGAGAGUGAGGAGGAUGAAGUUGGAAACCUGCAGUUGGCCUGGGAGAUGCUUGAGGUUGCAAAGGUGAUUUAUAAAAGAAAAGACCGCGAAGAAGAUCAGCUAAUGGCGGCACAGAUUUACUUGAAACUUGGAGAAGUUGGAGCUGAAUCAGGUAACUACAGCCAGGCUCUGGAUGACUUCAAUGAGUGUUUAACCUUGCAGCUGAAACACCUUCCCUCUCAUAGUCGUCUUCUGGCUGAGACCCAUUACCAGCUGGGCACAACUUACAGCUACACAGCCCAGUACAGCCAAGCCAUUGAGCACUUCUCCAACUCUAUCAAGGUCAUCGAGAGCCGUCUUGCUAUGCUUCAGGAGGUAAUCGACAAGGCGGAAGGUGCAGAGGCAGCAAAGGAGAAGAGCGAGCUUGAGGAGUUGAAACAGUUACUGCCAGAAAUCACUGAGAAGAUUGAAGAUGCCAAGGAGGGCCAGAGGACUGCUGCUGCAGCAUCUGAGGCCAUCCAUCAGACUCUUGCAGGAGCGUCCACUUCAUCUGCGUUCCCAGCUGAAAAUGGUGGCCCAUCCUCAUCUACUGCUAGUCAGAUUCCUGUGAGGCCAGCUGAUGGUGCGUCUUCCUCAAAAUCUGCAUCGGACAUUUCUCACCUUGUUCGCAAAAAGAGGAAACCAGACGAGGAGAGUCCAAAAAAGGACAGUGAUGCUAAAAAGACUAAACAGGAGACCUCAGUUAAUGGCAGCGGUGACUCCGCCCACAACGGCAAUGGAGUCCAGGAGAAAAUGGAGCAGGAGCCAGCCAGUUCUUCUUCUGUGGAGAUGUCAGCAUGAUGGGCAUCUUUUGAUUAAACGCUUACCUUCCAACCAGCAGAGCAUGCCUGCCUCACCUACUCUCCAUGAACCACUUUUGUCUCUUUGUUUUGUAAAUAACCCAUUUUCUUUGUAUAAUUGUAGUAAACUUUCAAUAAAGGAUAUUUGCAUAUGUCAAUGUGG